UGGGUUAAUUUGGCUUCAGGUGUCGUCGAAAACCGUAGUUUCGGGAAUAUAGAGAGAGAACAGAGAGGGCCGUCCAGUGGAGAGAGGAGACUCCUGGAUUGGAUAGUUGCAGUAGCAGCAGCCCAGUAUUGUUUUCAGAACCUAAACUACUCAGAAUUGGCAUUCGCACAUUAGUAUUAGAAAGGGGUUGAGUAGCAAAUUUCUAACCAAAAGGUUAAGGGUUUUUAAGUUAUCUGAACAGGACAAAGAAAACCUCGGUCCUAUAAGAAAUUUUAAAUUCUACGCCGCGUUUUAUCACCAUAUCAUUAGUAUUAGCCUAUUAGGAAUUGGAAAAGCAAGGAGGUGAGGCGAGGUUGAAGAUGAAGUUCUGCAAGAAGUACGAGGAAUACAUGCAAGGACAAUGCCAGAGGAAGAAAUUGCCUGGGGUUGGUUUCAAGAAUCUCAAGAAAAUCUUGAAAAGGUGUCGACGACACCUUCAAUCCCGUGAUAACACUGCCCUUGUUCCUGAUCAUUUCGGAGAUUCUAACCUCUGCGGUAGACCCUCCUCUUGCCCGGACUCUUGCCCAGUGUGUGAUGGCACGUUUUUCCCUUCGCUUCUGAAGGAAAUGUCAGAAGUUGUUGGCUUCUUCAACGAGAAAGCCCAGAGGUUGCUUGAGCUCCAUUUGGCAUCGGGUUUCCGUAAGUGUUUUAUUUGGUUUAAAGACAAAAUACAAGGCAACCAUAUCGCACUGAUUGAAGAAGGCAAGGAGUUGGUCACUUACGCACUGAUUAAUGCCAUUGCCUUGCGUAAGAUACUGAAGAAAUAUGAUAAGAUACACUACUCCAAGCAAGGCCAAGUAUUUAAGUCUCAAGCGCACAGUAGGAACCUUGAGAUUCUCCAAUCACCAUGGCUAUGUGAGCUGAUGGCCUUUCACAUAAAUUCGCAAGAGACAAAGGCCAAUACAAGGAAUGCUCCUGCAUUGUUCAACGGCUGUUCCCUCAUAUUUAAAGAUGAAAAGCCUUCUCUUUCUUGUGAGCUCUUUGAUUCAGUCAAGCUUGAACUGGACUUGACUUGUUCGAUAUGCUUGGAUACAGUUUUUGAUCCAGUGUCUUUGACUUGCGGUCAUAUAUUCUGCUACAUGUGUGCUUGCAAGGCAGGAUCAGUGACCAUAGUGGAUGGAUUAAAGGCAGCUAGUCCCAAGGAAAAGUGCCCCCUUUGCAGAGAGAUUUAACAUCAAGUGAACGAAUUUGUGUGCUGCUCAAUGGAUUAUUCAAGUCUACCAGAAAGUCUUAUAUUUGCAUAUCCUUGUCUGGCCAUCAGACUGGUUUUGUACAUUCCAACUGAAUCUUAAGAACCAUCAAACUUCUCACAAUUUUAGGUCAAACAAACUUGUCGAUGUUUAUCUCCACAUGAACUUGACAUCAGGUCUGUUUAUUCUUUCCAUUGGCGAAUAAUUUUUUGUUUGAGCAAUCCAUCUAGGUUUGAAAUUUUUCGGACACCAUUCUCCAUGGAGCUAAAGAAGGAAUUUUACAACAUUCAACAAAACCUCCAAAUUUAUUACUCUGGACGGUUAUCAGAUCAAUUGGUUGACCAUUCAAAAUUAAAAUGGUUGUACUUCACCUUGCAAUGUUGUGGGCAUACGGCUGUGUUUAAAGAUUGUAACAGUUGGAUGAAAAUGAACUAUCAUAUGGUUCAAGAAAAAUAAGUAGUUUAAAACUGUAUUAGCUCACUUGCUGUAGCACCUGUGUUUAUUAUUGCAUAUUCUCAUACGCAUGCAUCAGCCCUUGUUGCUGAUUUUCCUCAAACUCUUUUUGGUCAUAUAAAUUAAGGAAUGACGGUUAACUUCCUGCUUCUUCUGACAUUUCAACAAAAUUUAUGUGGUAUAUGCUGAGGUGGUGUGUAUACUAUGGUGAAAAGCCUAGGGAACUAUUUUGUUGUGUCAUAUGAUUCAUUGAUUACAAUUUCCUUCUUAUCCCGAAUUAUUGAAUUAUAAUUGUGAGUUAAAAGACCAAUAAUGUCCCUUGAGAUUCAUAUUGCAUGUUGUCAUCCAUUCUA